AGGGCCGAAAGAGGAGGUUCACGAAGAAAGAAAACCCUAAACCCUAUCUGGCAGUGGAAGCAGAUUUUGAAUCUGAUUUCUGAAAUUCGAUUUCUUUGGCCGAGAAAAUGGUAGUGAGGAUCCGAUUAUCGAGAUUUGGAUGCAAAAACAGACCAUUUUACAGAGUUAUGGCUGCAGACAGCAGAUCUCCCAGAGAUGGCAAGCACCUCGAAGUUUUGGGUUACUACAAUCCACUUCCAGGUCAAGAUGGCGGUAAACGGAUGGGUCUCAAUUUUGAUAGAGUGAAAUAUUGGCUAUCAGUUGGUGCUCAGCCUUCAGAUCCCGUCCAACAGAUUCUUUUCAGAGCAGGUUUACUACCCCCACCCCCAAUGGUGGCAAUGGGACGCAAAGGCGGCCAUCGUGACACCCGUCCUGUUGAUCCUCUAACUGGGCGCAUCCUGACCCCAAACAAGCCAACCGAUGUUGAACAGCCAAGAGAUGAUGAAGAUGGCAACGAAGACAGCCCUUCCACCCCAUGAAACUUUUCGUGGCUGCAGCUUCUUCUAAGAUUCUUUUUUCUUAGGAAUGAUCCUAGCAGAGAUGAACUGGUUUUUAACGCAGUUUCUUUAAACCUGCCCUCCGCAACAUGUGAUGUGUCAUGUGUGUACUCCUAUGAGUUUUAAGGCAGAAUGCUUCUAGAAAAUUUGAAGGUGGAUGGCGGGAAACACAGUUGCUUGACUAUAGUUCCUCGACAUAAUAAUUGAAACUUGAAAAAAAGGUGUACUUUCUAUCUUACAUGUUGUGAUCUAUCGCGCCAUGAUUAAGAAAAAACCUUUAUUCAAA